AUGGCCUUCAGUGAGAAGGUCGAUCCCGAGCUGAUCUUCACGAAACAAGAGAAGAUCGGCAAGGGUUCCUUCGGUGAGGUGUUCAAAGGUGUUGACAAUAGAACACAACAAGUGGUUGCCAUCAAAAUAAUUGACCUCGAAGAAGCCGAAGAUGAAAUUGAAGAUAUUCAACAGGAGAUCAUGGUGCUGUCACAGUGCGAUAGCCCGUACGUCACCAAAUAUUAUGGAUCUUACUUGAAGGGAACAAAAUUAUGGAUUAUUAUGGAGUAUCUUGGCGGGGGGUCAGCCCUAGACCUUAUGAAGGCAGGCAACUUCGAAGAGAUGCACAUCGCAGUGAUCUUGCGAGAAGUACUACGUGGCCUCGACUACCUGCACUCAGAGAGGAAGCUGCACAGGGAUAUAAAGGCAGCCAAUGUCCUCCUGAGUGAAAUGGGAGACGUCAAACUAGCAGAUUUCGGGGUCGCCGGGCAAUUAACAAACACGACGAGCAAACGUAACACAUUUGUCGGUACGCCAUUCUGGAUGGCGCCAGAAGUUAUCAAGCAAUCGUGCUACGACAGCAAAGCUGACAUAUGGUCACUCGGUAUAACCGCUAUAGAGUUGGCUAAAGGCGAACCACCUAAUUCCGAACUUCACCCUAUGAGAGUUCUAUUUCUUAUACCCAAAAACAACCCUCCACAGCUGACCGGCAGUUAUUCGAAGCCUUUCAAAGAGUUCGUCGAGGCGUGCCUGAAUAAGGAUCCCGAAAAUAGGCCAACAGCGAAGGAGUUGUUAAAGUUUCAAUUCAUCAGAAAGGCCAAAAAGAAUUCGUAUUUAAUGGAUCUUAUAGAUAGGUAUAAGAAAUGGAAAGCGCAGAGGAGCGAGGAGAGCGAAACGGAAUCGGAAAAUUCAGAUUCAGAGGAAUGCAGUCGUGGUGAUAGUGAGGCGGACGAGCCGUGGAUCAUGACGGUGCGUGGCGGAGCGGGCGCGCGGGCGUCGCAGCUGCCGGUGUCACUGCACGCGCACAUGGCUGAGGACAAACGUCGCACCCUGCAUGAUGAUGCCGUGAUCCCAUCGCCUACGUCGCCGGUGUCGAAGCAGAACGGCUCGCUAACCCGCGACGACUCGCCCGCCGACAACCACAAGCCCGCGCCUCUAAAUAACAACACCACAGACAAACCACAGAGACAAUCCCCGAUAGUGUCGACGCCGGUAGAGCAGCGGAGCAAGGAGCGCGACCGCGACCGCGACCGCGACGACCGGAAAGAUAGGGAGCCUUCAAAUAGAGACAGCGUAGUCUAUAAUAAUAAAGCUUCAUCGCCGUUAGACCACAGAGGGGCGAACAAUGAAGAGAACAAAAUGAGACGGCACGCGUAUCUGCAGCAACUCAUCUACCCGCUACUAAAUGAGCUGUCGCGCAAGCACGGCGCGGGCAGCGCGGCCGCCAUAGAGGAGCUGCGGCGCGCCUUCGACGCGGCCGAGCGCUCCGCGCCGCACCUCACGCGCGCCUUCGUACAGCAGGUGGUGCAGAGGGUGGCCACGCAGUCGCACCAGGCGUCGCCGCACAACUCGCAGCACUGGAUGAGGGACCUA